CGGAACCAUCGCAAACGUUUAGCUGUUUCCACACGGAACUGUUUUUGUGUGUGUGAUGCAUUAACGCCGCGCUACAGUCACUACAUGCGAAUUAUGAUCGGUCCCAAACUUUCAGACACUCAUCGAUUAUUGGCUAUUUACAGUAUUUCAGCUACUUUCUAGACGAUGAAUUUCUUCCGCAACCGUCUGGUGGUUUUGGGGCUGGUGUUGCUGGCCACAGUGCUGCUGUAUCUGCUGCUGCCCUCCAUGCGGCAGGGGAGCAUGGAGCCGUCUCUGGAGGUGCAGCAGAGGAUGGGGAUGAUCGCCGCCUCUCCUCCGCCUCCGCCGCCGCCGAACAGCGUCAACAUCACGGUCAGGACCGGACAGCUGCCCGGGGACCCGCCGCUCUUCUUCAGGGAGGCUCUGCCUGUGGACAGCGCUGGGCGACAGAUCGUGCCCAGGCUGCAGUUGGUGCUUCUUCAUGGUCAGGCCUUCACCUCUAAAACUUGGGAGGAGUUGGGCACCCUCAGCCUGCUGGCUUCCAAUGGAUACCAAGCCCUCGCUCUCGAUCUGCCCGGUUUUGGGAAUUCUCCGGACUCAGAGUCUGUAAAGUCGGAUCAGAGUCGCGUGGACCUGCUGAAACGUUUUCUGGAGUCUCUGGGGGUGCGAGCACCAGUGUUACUGAGCCCGUCUAUGAGCGGUCAUUACGCCCUGCCGUUCCUCCAGAAACACAGCGCCCAGCUACACGGCUUUGUUCCCAUCGCCCCCGUGGGCACACGUGGCAUCACCCCACAGCAGUACCGCGACAUCCAGACUCCUACUCUGGUCAUAUAUGGAGAGUUAGACACCAAUCUGGGUGCCCAAUCCCAUAAGAACCUGAUUCAGCUGCCUCAUCACACCGUGGUGAAGUUGGCAGGAGCACGACACGCUUGUUACAUGGACAAACCCCGUGAGUUCCACCGCGCUCUGCUUGACUUCCUCAGCAAACUCGAAUGAGGGACGGAGAGAGUGAGAACGGAUCAAACAAACAUGUGAAAAAGACUUUAGGAGAGACUGAGUGAAGAAAAAGACAAGAAAAUGAUGAUCAGGACUGCAGUGUAGCUGUAAAACCAGUCCUGAAACAUCACAAACACCUGAACGUUCUGUCGGCCAUCCACAUCUGCUCACUCAUAAAUCCCCUGCGUGCUCCAUCAAGUGAUGAGGUUAUAUAAUACAUCAAACAAACAGAACCUCUGCAGAGUUACUAUAGUAACGCUUCUUUUGUAAACAUCCUUUCAUCAGUUUUGACACUGUUGCAUGUAAUGGCCCGUUACAUUGUUACAUUUUCCAGCCUGAGGGUUGUUCUGUAAAGCUGUUCCCAGGAUUUCCAGUCUGAGGAAUGUUCCUGCAACAACACAGUAGCCAUGGUUCCAGGCUGAGAGUUAUUUGUAACACUGGUGCCAUGGUAUCCUUUUUGAGAGUUGUUCUAUAAUGCUGUUGCCAGGGAUGUUCCUGUAACACAGUUGCCAUGGUUUACAGUCUAAGGGAUGUUCUGUAACACUGUUGCCAUGGUUUCUGGUCUGACAGAUGUUCCUGUAACAUAGUUGCCAUGGUUUCUUUUCUAAAAGAGUUCUGUAACUCUGUUGCCAGGAAUGUUCAUCUUACUCAGUUUCCAUGGUUUUCAAUCUGCGAGCUAUUCUGUAACGUUGUUUCCAUUGUUUCUAGUCUGACGGUUGUCUGACAGUACCUACAACACAAUUGCCAUGGUUUCCAAUCCUAGAGAUAUUCCAUAAAGCUGUUGCCAUGGUUUCUGAUUUGACAGAUUUUCCUGUAACAUAGUUGCCAUGGUUUUCAGUCUGAGAGUUAUUCUGUAACGUUGUUGCUGUGGUUUCCAGUUUGAAACACAUUCCUGUAAUUCAGCGGCCAUGGCUUUCUUUCUGAGGGAUGUUCCUGUAACACAGUUGCCAUGGUUUCUUAUCUUUGGGUUGUUCCAGUGAAAUGGUUGCCAUGGUUUUCAACCUGUGAAACGGUCCUGUAACUAAAUUUCCAUGGCUUUCUUUCUGAAGGAUGCACAUGUAACACAGUUGCCAUGGUUUCCAGACUGACAGUUGUACCUAUAACACAGUUGCCAUGGUUUCUAGUUUGACAGUUGUACCUACAACACAGUUGCCAUGGUUUCCAGACUGACAGUUGUACCUACAACACAGUUGCCAUGGUUUCUAGUCUGACAGUUGUACCUAUAACAGAGUUGCCAUGGUUUCCAGACUGACAGUUGUACCUACAACACAGUUGCCAUGGUUUCCAGACUGACAGUUGUACCUAUAACACAGUUGCUAUGGUUUCCAGACUGACAGUUGUACCUAUAACACAGUUGCUAUGGUUUCUAUUUUGACAGUUGUACCUACAACACAGUUGCCAUGGUUUCCAGACUGACAGUUGUACCUACAACACAGUUGCCAUGGUUUCUAGUCUGACAUUUGCUUUCAGUAACAUUGUUGCCAUGGUUUCCAUUCUGAGGAUUGUUCUUAUAAAUCACAGGUGCCAUGUUUUUGGUCUUUGGCUCUUCUUAUUAUACAAAAUUCAUGGUUUACUUUCCUGUGUGAUGGUUGUUUUUAUAAUACAAUUAUCAUGGUUUUCUGUAACAAAAAAAGAGUUACAUGAUGGCAAAAAUCAGCGUCAUGACUGUCAUGGCCCUUGGAAACUUUUGAUAUGUAACCGAAUUCAUCAAUACUACAAGAACAUCUCAGAGAAGAAAACAGCAUUUCUAUUUUUUUUGGCACAUAUUGGUUUGUCUUAUUGGCAUGUUAAUUAAUGCAGUGUGUUCACACCAGCAGCUGGCACAUACAUACAUACAUAAUGUAGCACGGCAUUGUGUGAAUGACUCAACACAUGAUUUUAGAAGUGCAAAACGAGUGAAGACUUUCAGUAUUGGAUGCCUGUAAAUUCAGUUUUACAUUAUCAGUAGUUGUCAGAGUCAUAUUAGCAGUAGAUUAUUUCUUGCAGUAAAUAGAACAUUUCCUGAGACUGUAGAGAAAAAAAGGUGUUCAUUACAUUACAACACCUAAAAAUGUAGGUGUUCAUUACAUAUUUAUUAUUGAUUUCUUAAAGCUUCUACAGGACAGAAACUGUAAUGUGUGUGGUAUUUAUGUGCUGUGGUCUGUUGUUUUGUUUGUUUAUAGCUUGUAAAUGUGAAUAUGUUUUAGAGGACUGGGAGGCACCUCGGCCCUGUAAAUAUUUCCAACAUCAGGAAUCUUCAACCUGAAGGGAUCUGUCAUUGGGACUGAAUUCAGAUUCUUGUGUGCAUGGUACUGCAGUGACAUGAAACAUUCUUUUGUUCAAUGCAAAAUAAAAUUCAUCAACAUUA